AUGGAAUUACUGCAGCAGCUCUUCCCACCAAAUGAGGUGGAUCGAAUCAAACAGAUUGGUGUUGGCAGAGUGAAAGACAGAGAGAUAUGGGCUUUCAACAAGUCAGGUGACUACACAGUUAAAAGUGGGUGCUGGCUCCUUACAAGCGUAACGUCAAACCGUGGAGACGAUCACAGGGUAGAAGAUCAGGCGGUAAUUGAAAUAAAGAAGCUUAUUUGGAAGCUACCGACGAUACCAAAGAUUCGUAUGUUUUGGUGGCGGGCGGUGUCUGGGGCUCUAGCUGUUGCAGAACGCCUUACAGCUCAUGGUAUGCAUGUGGAACAAACAUGUAAGUUGUGUAAUCAAGAUGUGGAGACAAUACAACACGUUCUCUUCCACUGCAGUAAGGCACAAGAACUUUGGAGAGAGUUCCGUUUACCUCUGGAUUAUGUCUUUCAAGACGUUUCUUUGAUUGAACUCUUUGGUAGCUGUUUGAAGUUCAUGGAAGCGAGUACUUUUAAUCAGGAACGGCGACAAGCAAUCCCCUGGAUCCUCUGGACGAUAUGGAAGAACAGAAACAGCUUGUUAUAUGCGGAGACACAAGAAUCGCCAUCCCUGUUGGUUCAAAGAACGCAAGAGGAAGCAGCUUUAUGGAAUAAACUGAACAAGGCGGAGAGUAAUGGAGGGCAGGUGCAGGCUGAUAUGGGCAUGCCAAAGUACUGGUUUCCGCCAACACAAGGUAUGAUAAAAUGCAACCUUCAUGCUAGCUGGAGAAGUGAUAAACAAUUCAUAGGAGUAGCUUGGAUCACACGAAAUCAUCGAGGAGAUGUGUGUAUGCAUGCAAGAGACGCACUCGUACCUACCUCGGACAAACUGGCGGCUGAAAUGGAGUGUCUAUUGUGGGUACUUCGAAGCCUAAGGGAUCUGCGAAUAGAAGAUGCCAGUAUUGGAACUGAAUCUCAAAAGCUGAUAGAUGCAAUAAAAACUCCUGCUCGCUGGCCAAGAUAUAGGUGCUUACUUCGACAGAUAGAGACAGUUUGCUUGGAGUUUACUGUUAUCGAGUUUGAAGUAGAGUCACGGGAGUCUAAUAAGGUGGUAAGAAAGAUAUCUACAAGUGUUCUACGUGAUGGACAACUACGUUCGUACCUUGCCUUGGGAGGACCAGCGUGGCUUCAUGAUCUCAUCCAGACUGAGGUUAUUGGUGAACUUUGA